AUGCAUCUUGAAGGAAGUCCUCCACCUAUGGAAGCGGAAGCACAUGCGCUUAAAGUGGCCAUUCUUUGGCUUGGAGAGCUUGGUCUAUCGAAUGUGGACAUUGAACUAGAUUGUUUGCUACUGGUUGAAGCCAUAAACAAUAGACUAAGUGACGGAACCGAAUUUGGUGUUAUUAUUGAUGAAUGUAAGACGUUAUUAGCAAACUAUCCAAACUUUAUGAUAAGUUUCAUUAGGAGGCAAGCCAAUUUUGUCGCUCAUACUUUAGCUAGGACGUCAAGAUCUUAUGCUAGUCACCAAACAUUUGAGUUGAUCCUAUCUUGUAUUAUUCCCACAUUGUUGAAUGAAAUAAUAUGA